AUGUUGGCGGUAACCUCGAUAGUUUCACGAUUUUCGCGCACAUGCCAGUUUGGAGUUUUCAGGGCUACUUACGCCACCAGAAAAAGAAUGUCUGCCUUGUCAGCAGAAGAUCGGGAGGUCCUCUUGGCUCCGUUCCUACGUGACCAUCAUUGGCAUAAAUCUGGCGAUGCAAUCAAACGGACAUUUAUUUUCAAGAACUUUGAUUUGGCUUUUGACUUUAUGACAGACGUGGCUGAAAAAGCCAAAGAAAUGAACCACCAUCCGGAGUGGUUCAAUGUGUACAAUAAGGUUAAGGCUAACGUGCUCUCGCCACUGUAUAAAGCUUUGUGCGAUCACAUCUGGAGUACUGUGUUCAAGCGUGGGCCCCUCCCCUGA